ACUACCAUAAAACGCGGUCCAAAAAUCCCCAAUAAAAAUGCCAUCUUUUUUCAUUAGGGUUUCUCCACAUCCUUCUUUAUUUCUCCCCAAAUUUUCAAUCCUAAAUAUUCGAUCCAAUUGAAACUCAAUUUUGAUUUUUUAAUCAUUAUUCUUAUUAUUUAUUCGAUGUGAUCAUGCCCGCGACGGAUUAUCAAGGAACUUCGUCACCGUUGACAAAUAUCGGCCGUUCGUUAUUACCAGUGAGGAGGGAUCAAGUACACGCCAUGGAAUCGCCGAUCGGUGGAUCGGCGUCUAACGAGGCGGAGAUCGAGUCGUUUCAAAGGCGAGUAGCUGACAGAUUUCACGAUUUAGCUUCUGUCCCUUCCGAUGAAUUGCUUUCUCUGCCGUGGGUGCGGAAGUUGCUCGACGUUUUCCUCUGUUGUCAAGAGGAAUUUCGGGUCAUACUUUUUAACAACAUAGCUCUAGUGAAGAAGUCGCCCAUGGACCGUUUGAUCGCCGAUUUUUACGAGCGUACUGUCAAGGCGCUUGAUGUUUGCAAUGCGAUUCGCGACGGGAUUGAACAGAUCAGGCAAUGGCAGAAGCUUCUAGAAAUCGUUCUUUGCGCUUUGGGUGAUAGUAAUGUUGGUUAUCAGAGAAGUCUAGGAGAAGGGCAAUUCCGUCGUGCGAGGAAGGCGUUGAUAGAUUUAGCAAUUGGGAUGCUUGAUGAGAAAGAUUCAGGUCAAGCCCUGGCUCAUAGGAACCGUUCCUUUGGGAGACACAACACUAGCGGUAGUCACUCCAAGGAUCAUCACCAUCGAUCUUUGGGUCAUUUCAGGUCCUUGUCUUGGAGCGUUUCAAGGUCUUGGUCUGCCGCCAGGCAGCUCCAGGCAAUUGGGAACAACUUGGCUGCGCCACGAGGGAAUGAGAUUUUAGCCACCAAUGGACUUGCAGUGCCUGUUUACACAAUGGGUUCUGUCUUGUUAUUUGUAAUGUGGGCAUUGGUGGCUGCAAUUCCGUGCCAAGAUCGUGGCUUGCAAGUUCAUUUUAACGUUCCCAGGCAGUUCCCAUGGUCUGCUCCUAUACUUUGGUUGCACGAGAGGAUUCUGGAGGAGUCAAAGAAAAGGGAUAGGAAAAAUGCGUGUGGCCUGUUGAGGGAGAUUUAUCAGAUGGAGAAAUGUUCUCGGUUGUUGGGUGAAUUGGCUGAUUCCGUGCAGUUUCCUUUGAGUGAGGACAAGGAAAGGGAAGUUAAGCAGAGAGUGAAGGAAUUGGAGCAGGUUCUUGAUGCAUUGAAGGAAGAUUUAGAACCGCUGGAAAAGCAGGUUAGGGAAGUGUUCCAUAGGAUUGUUCGAAGCCGGACUGAAGGGCUUGAUUCUUUUGCAAGGGGACACAACCCUGAGUGAAACCUCUCUUUUUGUGUUGGUUGAUUUACACCAUUAGUGUCAAAUGUGCAACUUGCAAAUAUGUCUGUUUUUGGCUUUGGGGAACUCAUGGAUCAUGAAGAUGAAGAUGGAUAAAAGGGUUUGAGGUAUGCACCACAAAAAAAAAAAAGGGUAAGAAGGAAAACCAUAAGAAAAUAGAGAUUUGCUUGUAUUUAUCACCAUAUAUCAGUGUAAAGAAAGCAGGAUAUGUAGUUGGAUCUUUGGUCCUGAUGUUGUGUUCAUCUUUGUGUUGUUAUAUUAUAAUUAAAUUUCUAAGUAAAUCUGCAAUCUUGGUUCUGUA